AUGAGCGGUGAGCGACAAGGCGUGUCAUUGGUUUAUUGCCCGCUUGAAGCUAUGUUCCCGAUCGGUUGUGACAAUGAUCGGAAAAUUCCACUGCGACUCAUAAACCCACACAUUACUUGUCGCCUGUGUCGAGGGUAUCUGGUCGAUGCGACUACUGUAACAGAAUGUUUGCAUACAUUUUGCAAGUCGUGCAUUGUCAAACAUCUUGAAGACAAUAAUAAUUGUCCCGAGUGCGAAAAUGUUAUCCAUCAGUCUCAUCCGUUGCAGUACAUCAGCUUCGACCGUACUAUGCAGGACAUCGUAUCCAAACUUAUUCCAGACCUAGCUACCGACGAACUUCGUCGUCAAAAAGCCUUCUACGAAAGUAGAGGAAUGAAAUUUCCUCCCGACGGUGACCCUGGCAUCGCCGCUCUUGCCAUGAAAUCUGAUAUCAAGUUUGAAAAAGAAGUAGAACAAGACCGGGAUUAUCAUCGGUUUGAUGAAAUGGUCAACAUAUGCCUAGAAAGCAUUGGAUCCUUCAAAGAGCUACAGCGCAGAUUUAUACGAAUAUCCGCUCUCGCGACAAUUACGCAUCUGAAGAAGUUUGUCGCUUUGAAAUUGCUUCCGUCGAUAAAUCAUUACAUUGAAGUGGACAUUCUGUGUAACCAAGAAUUGUUGGAUGUCCUGGCGGCAGUGAAUGAUCAGAUCGAGAGUAAGACUCACGGCAGACUUUUUGCAGUCGUUCAUUUGUAUGGACAUCAGUACAAGAUUACCAAUGAGGAUCUUAUAUCAGUUCGCUGUGAUUUCCCUGCAGAAAUCGGAACUCGAAUUAUCCUUGACAAGUCACUGGCGUCUGCGGUGGUCCAAGUGUUCGUUGCUUCGAAGGGGAUGUGGAGGAAGGAAUGUGUUGGCGUUGCGACCUUUAUCAAAGAUAGUAACAAACGGUCAUACUUCAUUCGUGUCUACGAUAUCUUCACCACUCAAAUGCUUUUCGAAGAAGAAAUGUAUUCGAACUUCGAUUACUAUGCUCAGAAACCGUUCUUCCACACGUUCGAAGGCGAAGAAGCGGUCAUCGGACUCAACUUUGCCGAUGAAUUGGAAGCGCAUCGUUUCAAUGUCGUUGUGCGCGAGAAAAUCGAAAGCAGAAAGGCAAAACGGAGGAAUCAAUCAAAGAAGCACAAAUCGCCCCCGGGCAAUUUCUCCACUCUUCCUGCUGCUACGAAAUAUUCAUCGGGAACACUGAACGGGAACUCUGUUUUCGCUCCUGCCAAGCCGGUUGAUUUCGUGCAACGCUCGACUACUUUGUCCAAGUACGAGGCGAAGCGCCCUGAGAAAAAGAAGGGGAAAUUAUCGAAAACCGACAUUGGAAUUCCGACUGACUUCCGCCAUGUUGCCCACGUGGGCUGGGAUAGCGAGAAGGGCUUCGCAGUUGAGAACAUGCAACCGGAAUUUGAAGAGUUUCUGGAGAAAGCCGGGAUAUCCAAGAAGGUUUUGAAAGACGAAGGCACGGCCAGAUUCAUUUACGACUUCAUUGACCAGAAUGGUGGGCUCGAAGCAAUUCAGAGGGCCAGGGCCGCCCCUCCACCGAUCCCCAUGCGACAGGCACCGGUUAAACCUACGGUUGCUUCUACGCUGCCGCCCGCGGUGCCGCCCACGCCGCCUCAGCGUACUCGUCAACAGCCAGCUCCUUCCCCACCAAUGCAGACGAACCGAAGCAAAAUUGUGCGUCCGAAUGUGAGACCACCCGAACCUCCGAUCCCACCGAAGCCAGAGUUUCUGUGUCGUAAGACCAAAGUUGAUGAAGAAGAAAACUCAAAUUCCUGGGAAGAGGAGUUGAUAUCCUUCUCAGAUCCAGCAGAUUCAGAAACGAAUGGUGGCCUCAUGACAAGCAUGCGAAGCUCUCCAGUCCAGGCGGCCGUUGUUCCUCCGCCACCACCGCCGCCACCUGGACCACUGAUGACAGGACCUCGUCCUCCACCGCCGCCUCCUAUGCCGGUGUUUCAGCCAACUGGUGUCAGCGCUCCUCCACCGCCUCCGUUGCCCCCGAUUCCGCCGCCAAUGUCCACGAUGCCGAAGCCGGAAAGUUCCGAUUUUGCAGCGCCGUCUCCGUCUCUGCCAGCUGCGGUUCUUUCUGACGUUCGAGGGGAUUUGCUGCAGGAGAUUCGUGCUGGGAAGCCUCUGAAGCGUGUCAACAACGCCCCCAAAGAAGAACGCCAAGUUCCAGUCGUUGCAGACGGACGAUCUGCUCUGUUGGAUGACAUUCGGAAGGGUGUCACGUUGAAUCGGGUUGAAACCAGGCCAAAAUCGGAGCUUAGUGAAGACCCAGGUUUCGGUGAUGGUCUAGCCGGGGCACUCAGACGAGCCCUCGAAGAACGCAACGGUGCCCUCAAUCCUUCUGACUCUGAAACUUCCGACUCUGAAAGCGAUAUCGACGAUGAUGAUUGGGAGGAUUGAGAUCCCCUUUCGUUUGAAGAAAAGCCAGGAGAGCUUUUAUUUUUGUUCUCUGUCUCUCUCCUUCUACAUCGUCGACGUUGGAUCGAACGCUAUUAUUGACUUAUUUGUUUUUGAGCGUCGAAUUUACAUGAGGUGUUAACUUUUUGAUCGCUUAGUUUAUUCUCGUUCAACAGCAAGGUGCAUAUAUUGUUUUCUUUCAAAAUAUAUAGAUGGCAUAGUUUUCAAUUGCUGAGAAAAUUUGAUGCAAUUUUUUCUCAUGGUUAUAUUACGGAACAUUUUCAUCCUUCAAAGAUUCAUUCAGCGGAGUGGAUUGAUUUUGUUUUAUGCAUUUAACGACAAGUUCAAAGCACGGCCGCAAUCGCGAUCCAGAAAUCUGUUUACGUCAACUUUUUUGAACCUAUAGAAAUACCUGUUUGUAGUGUCAUUUAUCAGCAAUGAAAUAUGCUGUGUUCUCAAUUCCCGAACACGUUAUUAAGGUACAGACUGCGUCAAGUUUGAUACAUUUAAAAAAAAUGUUAAUUGAAAAAACCCUAAUUUUCGGAUAAAAUUCCAGAUUUGAAUGUUCGAGGGGUCUAGCAAGUGUUUCUCGAUUGUUGUCAACAUUUUGGUUGUAUGAUGAGGGGGAAAUCGAUUUGGAUUGUGAGUGCUGUCUUCGGAAUGUAGAGAUUAAUUUCACGAUUGUCCGGCGCGUGCAUUCGAAUUAAUUUGUGUUUAUCGAUUCUAGAUCGAAUGUUGAGAUGUGAUUGAUUGGUUACCGGAUUUCAUUUGCACAGUCCCCAUUACGGUUCCGAACACUCGAGUCACUGAGUGCCUUGAGAGAUAAGAGUGGAAGGAAUUUCAUUCUUUCCAGUGAUUGAUGACUGUAUUGUCGCUUGCGUAUGUACAGAUAUUAAGGGAUUUUCCCAUGCAAUCGAGGCGAUGCAAAUGAAUAUUUUUGUUCAGCCGAUAUA